GCAAGUAACGUAGAAAAAAGCUAACAUAUUAACACAGCUAGCUGCCCCUCCAGCCCUCCUCCCUCCAAACUCUCUCUUAUGGCUAAUGCUGAUUCAAAAUCCAGGCCACUCAAUGAAGAAUCAAGAACAAUCACCGAGUAUAGAGAGUGCUGGCUUAACCAUGCCAUGUUGACUGGUGGCUCUGCUAUUGAUGGUUGUGGAGAGUUCACUCCGAAAGGUGAUCAAGGUACUAAAGAAGCUUUCAUCUGUGAAGCUUGUGGUUGUCAUAGAAAUUUUCAUAGAAAACAGUUGAUCAAGAAUGGUAUAAUCAUUCUUGAUACUCACCUUUCACCUCCUCCAUGUAGACUAUAUGGUGCUUCUAUGUGGGUAGAAAAGAAUGCUUCAGGGUUUCAUCCAUUGUCUUCUUCCCUUCCACUCACUUCACCUCCUCCUCCCUGUUAUCUACGUACCUCAGUCAGUGAUCAAGAGUCUCUGGUCCACGUACCUCCUCCUCCUCCUUCUCCUCCACGCAAGUCUGAGAAGAAAACGAAGGCAAGAAAAGGGCCUAAAAGAGGCACCUUAAUGCACAACAGGAAAUGAGGUGAGGCCAUUUUUUCUCGUCCACCAAAAUAAUUUGGACUUUAUGGUUAGGUUCAAGGCUAUAGGCUGUAAUGUCCCCCCGCAUAUAAAAAGGUCAAUAAUUCUCUCCCUCACCAUGAUUUUGUUAAAUAAAUUUUGCCAAAAGAGAAGGCAGCACCACCAUAAAUUAUCCAUUUCUUGUUUUGUUUGAGAGUUUGAUUGUCUAGAAAACAUAAAAAUAUCCAAGCCAUGCUGAUCUAGUCAUUUCAAGCACUUCAAUGUGUUUUGGUUGGUAAAUUUUGAAGCUUGGGAUUAGAAAAGUGUCUUAUCCCAUCUCUUCAUUUAUGAUGCUGAUGACUCUUAACACCAAUUAUAUGUUAAUUAAGGCAUUGAUUGCCUAGAUAAUUUCUUAUGGGA